AUGACCGAAAUCCGGUCCAAGAACCUCUACGAGCUUCUUGGCAAUGACCCUGAGCUCGACCCUAACAGACCCGCCCCUCCCCCCGCUAAGGCCGUCGACCGCCCCGCUGCCCGCGUCGGCAAGCGCGAUGCUCCCAAGGAGGCUCCCACCGCUGCUCCCCGCGAGGGCAACAACAACCGCCGUGGUGGCCGCGUGACCGCCGGCAACGAGGCCGCUUUCCGCGACCGCAACGCCGGUCGCACCAACAACCGCUCCAAGCCCACCGACGAGGCUGAGCAGCCCGCCCGCGGCGGCCGUGGUGGCCGUGGCCGUGGUGACCGCCAGUCCCGCACUGGUCAGACUGACACUCGCAAGCAGGUCCAGCAGGGCUGGGGUGCCGAGAGCGGCGAGAAGGCCUGGGAUGACGAGCGCCAGGGUGAGAAGCUCGCCAAGGACGAGGAGAACGCUCCCCAGACCCCCGCCGAGGAGGUUGAGGAGCCCGACAACUCCAAGUCCUUCUCCGACUACCUGGCUGAGAAGGCCGCCCGCGAGAGCCUGGCUGCCAAGCCCGUCCGUGCCGCCAACGAGGGCGUCAAGGAGGACAAGAAGUGGGCCAACGCCAAGGAGGUUGAGCACAAGGAGGAGGAGGCUUACUUCCAGGGUUCUGGCGAGAAGACCCAGCGCCAGAAGCAGCGCAAGGAGAAGAACUUCCUCGACGUCGACCUGCGCUUCGUUGAGCAGCCUCGCUCCGGCCCCGCCCCCCGUGGUGGCCGUGGCGGCCGUGGUGGUGACCGCGCUCCCCGUGGUGACCGUGGCGACCGUGGUGACCGUCCUUCCCGCGGUGCUCCUCGCGGCGGUGCUCCCCGUGGCUCUGGUGCCCCCCGUGGUGCCCCUGCUAGUGCUCCUCGCGGCGGUCGUGGUGGUGCCCGUGGCCCCGCCGGUCCUACCGUCGACGAGAAGAACUUCCCCAGCCUGGGCGGCAACUAA